AUGUACAAGGUGUGUUGGCCCAAAGGUUACAGUGAUAUAAACCUUUUGGUUGCAAUGGAUGAUGCCAUUGAUGAUGGAGUUGACGUGCUAUCAAUAUCUAUCGGUGGGGCAUCAAAUGGCUUCUUUGACAAUUCCUUUGCGAUUGGUUCCUUUCAUGCAAUGAAGAAGGGGAUUUUCGUAGCAUGUUCAGCGGGGAAUAGCGGCCCAGAUUUGUAUACAGUACAGAACACAACUCCUUGGAUAAUGACUGCUGCUAUUGCUAACCUAGGCUAUGGUGCUGGCCAGAUUGACCCUGUUAGUGCACUGCACCCCGGUUUGAUCUAUGACUUGUCAAAGUUUGACUACAUCCGCUUCCUAUGUGAAGAGGGCUACAGUGGAACAACUCUACGCUUGUUCACUAAAGAUAACACCGAUUGUGCAAGUGUCCCUGACAUUGGAGGAGAUGAUUCCUUAAAUUACCCAUCCAUGUAUUAUCAAUUUCAAAACCCUAACACUAGUAUAAACGUCGUCUUUCAUAGGACAAUUACAAAUGUGGGACUUAAAAAUUCCAUAUACAAGGCAACUGUCAAGGCGUUGAGGAAUCUCAAGGUCUCUAUUAUUCUGAACGUACUGGCUUUUAGUUAG